CCCCUUACCCCCGGGCGUCUCCAUUUUGGCCGUGGGUGGAGAGGCGGCUAGGAAGAGAGGAUUAUCGGUGUGGGGUCAUCAGUACUCCGAGGGCCGAGUCGGUUCAUCGCACUUUCUCAUUUCCUUCCUCUGCCCGCAGAAGCCGGGGGCGCACAUGGCGGGCUUGGAGGUACUGUUCGCGUCUGUGGCGCCCACGAUCACCUGUGCGCAGGACGCGCUCAUCUGCUUCCUGCACUGGGAGGUGGUGACGCACGGCUACUGCGGCUUGGGUGUCGGCGACCAGCCGGGUCCCAGUGACAAGAAAUCGGAGCUGCUGCCCGCCGAGUGGAACAGCAACAAAGACCUGUACACGCUCCGGUAUGAGUCCAAGGACGGGUCCCGGAGGCUCCUCGUGAAGGCCAUCACCGUGGAGAAGAGCAUGAUCAUCAACGUGCUGGAAUAUGGCUCAGAGCAAGUGUCAGACUUGACGCUCAACUUGGAUGAUUAUAUCGAUUCAGAACACCUGACCGACUUCCACAGGACCUACAAGAACAGUGAGGAGCUUCGGUCUCGUAUUGUGUCUGGAAUCAUCACACCUAUCCAUGAGCGCUGGAACAAGGCUAGUGCAAGCAGUCCCCACCGAGAGCUUCCCCCGGCCACUCCCGAAGAGGUGGACCCACUCCGGAUUUACCCACAGCGCCCACAGCACCCACAAACUAGCCGGCAGCCUUCCUGGCGUGAUCCCCUGGGCCCGUUUGCUGUCGGGGGAGAGGACCUAGACCCCUUCGGGUAUCGGAGAGGGGGUAUGAUUGUGGAUCCCCUGAGAUCCGGCUUUCCAAGAGUACCUAUUGACCCAUCCUCGGGCCUCCCAAACCGGCUUCCUCCAGGCGCUGUGCCCCCAGGAGCGCGCUUUGACCCUUUUGGACCCAUUGGGACCAGCCCGCCCGGACCCAACCCAGACCACCUCCCCCCGCCGGGCUUCGAUGACAUGUACCUGUGAAGGCCUCAAGAAUGUAACAUCCCAGCCUUCCCUCCGCUCUCCUGGAGCUGCCAUCUCUGGCCCCAUCAGCAGCCGUGUUCUUGCGGGCUGGGGACACGGGAUUCUGCCCAUGUGGUUGCAGGCUGGCUGGGAUCUCCUUGCUCCCCCGUCAGAGUCAGGGCACCUGUUGCAGCUUUCCACCCGGCUGCACAUAGGUCCCAAAGAGAAAUCGGUGUCUGUCUCCCACCACCAGCUCCUCCCUGCUUUCCCAGGGAGACUCCGGCAACAUAUAUCCUCAACCUGAUGCAGCGCUAUAAGAACAGAACGCAUUUUGGAUGUUAUUAUUAAGAGCCAAAUGUCAAUACAGAAGUCUUGUUGCCGUC